CCGUGUUCCCCUCGUCCCCCACAGCUCGGGGGUGCCCGUCCCGCUGCCCUCGCCGUGCCCCCGUUGAGCGCGGCCCGCCCGCUGUGCCGCGUCAGGCUGCUGGCGGCCUGUCCGAGCCGCUGUGCGCGCUGCCGGCGGGGCUCCCGCCUUCCCCUUCGCUGAACAGACGCUGUGUGUGUUCGUUCCCAUGCAGGCCAGCACGAUGGUGGCGGUCGGCCUGGCCGUAGCGGCAGCCGGAUUCGCAGGUCGCUAUGCAGUAAAAGCUUUGAAGCAUAUGGAGCCACAGGUAAAACAAGCCCUUCAAAACCUACCAAAACCUGCCUUCAGUGGUUAUUACAGAGGUGGAUUUGAACCCAAGAUGACUAAACGAGAAGCAGCUUUAAUACUAGGAGUGAGCCCUACAGCCAACAGAAAUAAAAUUAGAGAAGCUCAUAGACGGAUCAUGCUUCUGAAUCAUCCAGAUAAAGGUGGAUCUCCAUAUGUAGCAGCUAAAAUCAAUGAAGCUAAGGAUCUACUAGAAGAUCAAGCUAAAAAAUGAAUGAGGAAGAAAAUCACUCAUUCAGAGGGUUUGUCCCUGCAGAUGAUUAUUUUUGAUAAAUGGCUUAAGAAAAGUUCUAAUGUCAGUCUUUGACUUAAUAUAAACAACGCUGGAAAUACAAAUCCAGGGAGGUACUUCCCUUCCCACUUGGUCACUUUGUUUUGGAAAUAUGUGAGGAAGUGAAGCUUAAAGAUUUUUUUAGUAGCUGUUCUUUAUUAAACAGCAAAAUAUGCCACUCAAAUAUUUUGUGCUUGAGAGCAGUAACUUGGUGUGGCCAGUGUGAGUUACCAGGCACAGGUAGACUCAUGCUAUUACCUAAUUUCUGUUGAGCUGGCCCUGUUUAAAGUUCACACUGCUGCUCUUCCAUCUGCUAAAAUUAGCACACUGAACCUGUUUGGGAAGGGGGUGGAAAAACCAAGAGGAUUUAUUGGAGGGGAGGAAUAGAGAGAAAGGUGUGGUUGUCUCUGCCUGGACAAAUAAAAGUACAGGAAACAAUGUAUUCCCUUGUCCUUGCCUUGCAAAAACAAGGCUGGUUAAAUGUUACUGAUGGAUCUGGAGCAUCCAGAUUUUUUUUAGUAACUUUUAGUUUUGACAGGUUUUAAUAGCAUUUAAUAAAUUCUGUAUUUUAACACAA